UGAAUUGAAUUGAAAAUGCAUUGAUUGUUUUGGUGCUCUGCUAUGGAAGCAAUUAUUGUUUACAAAUAAAAUAGUUUCGUAACUCGUAAUUUGCGGAUUUGCAAUGAAAAUUGUUUAAUGUGUAGUUAUUGUAGCUGUGUUGCAAUGUUAAAUGUAUUAUAAAUUACAGUUUUUAGAGUCAGAGUCAGAGUCGGCCGGUACGUUGAUUGGUUUGGUUCGUUGCGUUUACGGAAUAUGGUUUGAUUGAAUUGAAUUGAAAAUUGAAUUGUUGAAUUGGUGUAUUGAAUUGGAUUGACUUCGAAUUGAAUCGAAACGAAUUGGCAGUUGAUCAAGACGGAUUACGGAUUACGGAUCGCUUUGGAUUACACGUGUGCAAACAUACAUACAUACAUACAGAUUUCGAAAGAAGUGAUCUUUUGUGUGAUGCGUCAAACAUUCUUUGUUGAAAAAAAGUGUUUGUUGGAAAAUGAUAAAUUAAAUUCAAUUAAAUUAAACAUUGUGUUUAGUUCGAAUAAAAAACAACAACCGCAAAAAAUACCAGUGAACACGGUGUAAUGCUGAAAUGCGAAAAUGAAUAUGCAAAUGAAUAGCAUACAUAUGUACAUACACAUGUUUUUUAAAUUAAAUUUUUGUGUAAAUCACUUGAUGUUUAAUUGAACGAUUUUUGACUGGCUUAUCAAACGCGCAGCGUGCACCCACACGCGCACAACGCAACAUUGUUACGUACGUACAUACAUAUUUACGCUUACUGCACGUACACAACACCAGAGGCAGCAACCAACGUAUUUGCGCCCAACCACCCACCCACCCAGCCAGUGAGCCUGUCAGCCAUUCAACCAGCCAACAACGCGGUCAAUUUGAUAAACGAACUUUUGUGACGUCGUCAGAGAUUUCGCUGUCGUGUCGCGUGAGUGUGGCAUUGUGAUUACUCACAACCAUACAGGCAUAUGUACAUUACUAUACACAUAUUACACGAAAAGCCAGGAAUUCUCAUACGUACAUACACAUAUGUACAUAUUUACAAGCAAAUAAUUGUGCUCCCAGAGUAGCAUAGCAAAAUUUUAAAGUGUUUCUCCGAGAGUAGCCGAGCCAUUCGUAUCUUUUUUUUUUCAUGCGAAAUCGCGAAUUCUCUCAGCCUCUUCGAGUCGUCGACGCUUGGGAAAAAUAUAAAGAAGUACGCCAAGAAGACGCAACAAGAAGUGUGAAUUUGAGUGGCUGUGAGCAGCAGCAGCAGCAGCCGACAGCGAGCAGCCAGCAUUCAUAAAAACUUGCCCGCUUGCGUGCUCGUCGCACGGUCUGGUUCGGAAAUAGAGUUGCAGUGCAACAGUUUUGCCAAAGUUACGUAGAUACUUCUUGCUUGCUUUGCAGCUGCCUUCCUCAAACGUUCGUUCGUCUUCAUUCUUUGCCACACUCGUACUCGUUGUGACGUUACGCGUUUGCCCGUGUUUGUGUGUGUGUGUGCAUGUGCAUGUGCAUGUGCAUGUGUAUGUUGGUGAUUUUUGUGUUGACUUAACAUCAUCAUUAUCGUCAACAGCAUCUCUAUCAUCUGCGGCUUCAUCAUCAUUCAACGCAUCGCAUCGUUCGGGCGCAGCUUGUUGUAAACUAGCGCAAAUGCUGCUGCGCUGGUCGUCGCCACCGUCGUCACCGUCGUCGUCAUUGCCCGUUGUCGCCGCAAAAUGGAAGCGAACAAUGUGCAACUUUGCCGCAUCUGCAUCUCAACAAAUGUGGGCUGCACGCAAAUGAUUUCGAUAUUUGGCGAAGAUUCGUUGUGGCAGAAAAUCACUACAUUGGCCGAUGUGAAGAUCGAAAAAGGAGACACCCUUCCACAACAGGUUUGUGUGACGUGUGCCAAAAAUGCCAUAUCCGCAUGUCUCUUCAAGAAGAAGUGCGAAGAUGCUGAUAACUUCUUUCGCCAACAAUUACUCAUACAAAAGUUCGAGAGCAGAACGUCGGCUGGGAGCAAUGCUUCGACCACACAACCGGAAGUCGACUCUACUGAUCAAGUGCCCGAGGUGGCCGCCAUGGAGUGUUAUGGUGGGAGCGAUGGCGAAGAGCAACACGAUCAGCAGCAUAUCAGUGGCAGUGGACAUCCGAAUGGUGUAAUGAUCGAAGAGGAUGAUGGAGAAAUUAAGUUUCCCUAUGCCAAACAACCGUUUGAUUUCCACUCUAUAAGACUUAUGCAUGAAUAUAUGCAACAACAGUUGAGUAAAAUUAAUGGCUCACAUAAGAACGGUCUGGGUGGCGGUGCAGAUAAUUGUGGUGCGAACUCUGAUGCUGGCGCUGAAGAUGAUGAAGAGGAUCCACUACCGCUUAUGCCCGAGGUCGAACUGCUCACACCAGCCGAUGAGGUGACGACCGGUGGCAACAAUAAUACACCCGGCUACGGUGGCAGUCUCGAACAAUCCGGUUUACGGGGCUAUCAGUGUCCGGACUGUUUUCAAAUUUUCGAAAUGAAACAGAUACUCAAAGCGCACAUGCAAAGUGUGCAUGGCACGCAGGGUCCCGUAUACGAGUGCACGAAUUGUAAGAAAACAUACUUUUAUAAGCGUUUCCUGGAGAAACAUAUGCGACGCGGACGGUGCGUCAAGAAGCGACGGAAUCAAACACGACCGAUGCAGUGCUCCGAUUGCCAUGUGCUCUUCCCCACUGGACAUCAUUUGGGCUGGCAUAAGCGCACGGGUUGCCCAUCGAAGGCGGCUAAAAUGCCCUUGCAGCAGCUUCUGAAGCAGAACAUUGUGGAAUACAAUAAUUUCCCAAAACGUGUUGGUAUACGAAAGCCGGAGAAUGCGCUUUAUCUGCAUAACAGAAAACUUCACAUGGCCAAUAACAAACGCAAAGGCCGCACCCGCAUCAAGUUGGAUUCGAAGAAAAUAGCCUUGGCAAAGCAGCUAAUUCUGCGGGAAGCCACCACUACCGUUAUAGCCAACGAGCUGAAUAUAUCCCGAACAUUUGCUUGGCGCUUGCGCAAGAGUCUUGUGAACGGUGUCAGUCUGCAUGAGCGCGUCAUUGACAACAACGGCGAGGAGUGCGAUGAUACAGCGGCUCAGCCGAUGGUGGCAGAUAGCACUGAACAUCUACCAAGAUUAUACCCCAUUGCGAUACCGGCCAAUCAUUUUCCACUACCGAUACAAGAGCGUUUGGUUAAACAGGAGCAGGUCGAGACGAAUGAGGACUCCGAGGCGGAUGAGAGUGGCGAGGCGUUGGCAUGUAAACAACAAAAUGAGGCAGAGGAAGCUGAGCGGGCGGAAAUUAGGGAAGAACACAACAGAGCCUUGCAAGCGGAGAGGCAACAACAAUUGCAAGCUGAAGCUGAAGAGUCAGCAAUGACUACCAAACUGAUGGAGCAACAAAUGUUACAAUUGCAACAACAACAACAACAACAACAACAAGAACAAGAACAUCAACAGCAAGAACAACAGCAUCAACAACAGCCAGCAAAAGUAGCCAACAGUGCUGAGGAAGAGGAUGAGGAAGAUUCGGAUUCCGACUCAGACUCCGAUUCAGACUCGGAUGAUGACGAUGACGAUGACGACGAUGAUGAGGAUGAAGAUAAUGAAAAUGCUAACAAUGCUAAUGGCGAGGAUGACGAUGACGAUGAUGAUGGCGAAGAGACUGAUAAUUCCGUGGAAAAAGUUGAUAGUGCCAAAAAGGCGGAACAAUUGCAAGCACAAAAACUACACAUGCAACAACAACGGGAACUAGAACAAAAGUAUCAGUUGCAAUUACAGCAACAACAACGCAACUCUGUUUCAACAAAUCCAGCACUUUCAGCCCCCUCCCUUCAACAUGGCGAUGAGGCAACAGCGCAUAUAAAUCAGAAAGAUUCGAAUAGUCUUCGCCAACCAAUGUUGAAUCAUAGUAAAGAAGGGGUAGCCCAGCCCGUAAUUAAUCAGUUCCCGUCCGCUGGCCCUGCAGUCGCUGCUUUGCAUCAACUCCCAGUGAACCUAUCAAUACGCACCAUGCAAGGCGCCCAUAUUCAGGAAUCGGAAAGCAAUGAAACACAGAAGCCCGGCGCCAUUACGGGGCAGACCAAGAAGCCGCGUAAGCCCAAUGUUUUCAUAAACGAAGAGCGGUACGAAAUGGCUAAGACGCUCGUCGCGCAGAACGCGUCCACCAUGGAGAUUGCGCGCGCACUUAAUGUUUCACAGAUGACGGCUUGGAAAUUACGUGAUGCCAUUGUUAAAGGAUUACCGUUAUCAUACCGUAAUAAGCGUGAUACACGCAGUGUCUCGAAUGGCUCAAGUGUAUCUAGCGAAACGGUUGCGGUUUCAAAUACCGCAGCGGACAGUGUAGAGGCACAGUUGGCGCAUCAGUUGCUAUUACAACAACAACUGCAGCAGGAGCAGUAUCAUCAGGAACAAUUACAAUUGCAGCAGCAACAGCAACAACAAAAACGCUUGCAACAGCAACAACAACAAGAGCGGCUGCGUCUAAUACAGCGACAGCAACAGUUAAAAGCACAACAACAUCAACAGCAGCAGCAGCAGCAACAAUUACAAGAGCAACAACAACAACUGCUGCAACAAGCACAACAAGAGGCGCAGCAAAAACAAUUAUUAGACGGACAUCACUAUGCCACAUCACAAGCAUCAACAUCGCCACCACCACACUAUGAAAAACCCGCUGCCACCAGCACCACGUCCAUCACAUCCUCAGCACCGGGCGCUGUAAAGUUUGUGCAUCCACGACGGCGCCUAAAAGCAGCCGAGCGAGAGCAACGUGACAAAGAGAUAACACGUGAGAUACUCGAACUGAUACGCGAGGACAGCAACAUACAGUAUUGGAAGGUGUCUGCGCGCCUAGCCGAGAAAGGAUUUCCCAUAUCGCCAUCAUCCGUCUGUCAAAAACUCAAAUCGAUGGGCAUACAUCGCAGGUGGAAACCAGGCGAUAAGCCACCUAUGAUGGUUGAUAUAAAAGCGGCGAGUGCCAUAGCCAGCAAUUUGGUGCACGGUGCGCCAAACUCUGUUGAUGAGGGCGGCGGUGGCCCCGGCGGCAGCUACGAUCAGCAAUUCGAUAUGGGUGGCGCACAUUUUCUUAGUGCCUUUACGCGAUAAAGUAGAAGACGGUGCAAAACAAUGGACAAAGUAAAAUAGGGGAAAGUACUGUUGGGCGGGAAACUAGCGUGUGGAAAAUUAACGUUAAUUGAAGAACAAAGUUGCGAAUAAUAUAUAAAGUUAUUUGCGCAUAAAAAAGAAAAAAAACAAAAACGUAAAAUGUAGAGACAUGCAAACAUACAUACAUACGUAUAGUAUGAAAAUAAUGGAAAUUUAUAUUAAGCAUUAUGCAAACGUAAGAAGAAAGUAUACAAAUGCUAAGUAAGUGUCGAUAAUGGAGAUGACACAAUUACACUUUUAGUUUUAGAAAAUACAAGUAUUUUUAGUAUAAAAUCUUAAAGUGAAAACGAAAAAGUAUAAAAUGUAUUAAAAUGCCUAUGCAACAAGUAAAUAUACAGUAUUUGCAGGGAUGUUUAAAAGAAAACAAAAAUUGAAAUUCAAAUUAAAAUAAGUCAUUACUCUAUGUAAAGUAUAAAUCAAAGAACAAACUCCCAAUGGCUAAAGCAUUCCAAUUACAUAAUUUCUUUACACACAUUUAGCAUGCAUAUCCACAAUGAAAGUAAUCAUUUAACAAGUAUUAAACUUGAAAAAAAAGAAAAACAAAAAAAUGCAGGCCAUUAAAUGGCGCAAAAAGACAGCAGGCUGCUUCCAUUUUUAUAAAUAUAUGUAAUAUAAACUAACGUACAUAUAUUAAACACUUUUAAAUUGCACAAAGAAAGUGUUAUUUGCGCAUAGAAGCAGCUAAAUUUGUAUUUAUUUUAUGUUAAACAUGAGAAGAAAACAGAAGAGAAGUAAAAUUGUUUAGUAAUUAUAAUUUCAAAUGAAAAUACUAAGAAAGCACACGAAAGACUAGCUUGAUCAAAAAAAAAAAACAUUAAGACAUU